AUGACAGAACAACCACGCAUCCUGCGCCCACGCCCAAGACGGCCCUUCGACCUAGCACCAGCAUCAGCCGAAUCCUCCGGGCCUCCAACCCCUGCCGAAUCGACCAGCACGGAGUACCUAAACCCCAGCAAGGAGUACCUAAACCCCAGCGCAGCGCCAGGGACAGGGCCCAACUCAACAAGCGUCAGCCGCACCGGCUCAAUCAUGAACCUAACCUCCUCAACCCUGUACGGUAUCUACUCGCCCACAGCAUUCGACAGCCUGCGCGACGAAUCCAGCCCCUGGGGCACGGAAGCCAAUUCCCCGGCGUCAGAGUACCCGCCUGAGCCGUCGCAGCUUGCAGCAGAGAAGUCGGCCAUUGAACCGCGGCGGCUGGCGCUGCGGCGCACACGCUCGCGGUUGAGUCAGGGGCUGUUCCGGGGCGUGAUCUUGCCGCAGGUUUUGAGCAGCGCGCUGCUAUUUGGGUUCGGUAUUGUUUACGGGGUGAUUACGGUGCAUCUUCAUGAGAAUCAUUGGAUUACCCCUGUGAAGCUGGAGAAUGUUCAUUACUACGAUUCAUGGCAGUACCUCGGGAUUUGGGGGUUGGCUGGAAUUGCGCUGGGCAAUUUGCUUCCUUGUUUGGAUGGCUGGCGUGAGGGUGAGCUUGAGAAGGCUGAUUCCAAGCACGCGAGUAAUGAGGAAGAGCGCGACGACCGGACUCCGUCUUGGGUUACUGUUGCUCGGAGUGUUGGUGCUUUUGUUGGGAUUGCUUUUGCUAUGCGGAGACUCCCUUGGCAAUCCACCACGCAAGCCUCUCUUACUCUCGCCCUCGCCAAUCCCGUUCUCUGGUACCUCAUUGACCGUACCACGACCGGCUUCGUUCUCUCGACUGCCGUUGGCCUGGCCGGCAUGGGAGUGGUUCUCGGCCUCAAGCCAGAGCUGGUACCUGCGUCUACUGGCCCUUCAUUAGGUGCUAGCAUCCUGAAUGGUACUGGGCUGGAGAACGCGCUUGGAGCAGGCAUUACGCAGGAGAGCCUUGCGGUCCGCACUUGGGUCGCGAGUGUCAUUUUCUGCGCGUGCGUGUGCUUUGGAAACGUCGGCCGUCAGCUGGCCAUCGGAGCUGGCAGCAGAGAUACCCUGAAGCCAUGA